AGCAUCCAGGAGUCGUUUUGUUGAUUUGGGGAGAAAAAGAGAGAGCGAUGAAAAUAUUGCACGUUCCUUGUCUGGAAGACAACUACUCGUACAUCAUCAUCGAUGAGAGCAGCAAGGAGGCGGCAGUUGUGGAUCCAGUGGAACCCCGCAAGGUGAUUCAAGCUGCCCAUGAACACGGCGCCCUCAUCAAGCUCGUUCUCACCACUCAUCAUCACUGGGAUCAUUCUGGUGGAAAUGAUGAAAUAAAGGGGCUACUUAAGGAUAUUAAGGUCUAUGGCGGUUCCCUUGAUAACGUCAAGGGCUGCACCCAUAAACUGGAAAAUGGUGAUAAGGUUUCGCUUGGGGCUAGCCUCAAUAUCCUCGCUCUUCACACUCCUUGCCACACUAAAGGUCAUAUUAGUUACUAUGUCACAGACAAGGAGGAUGACCCAGCUGUUUUUACUGGAGAUACACUGUUCAUUGCUGGUUGUGGGAAAUUUUCUGAAGGCACGGCUGAACAAAUGUAUCAAUCACUGUGUGUCACUUUGGGCUCACUGCCAAAACCAACUCGUGUUUACUGUGGCCAUGAGUACACCUUGAAGAACCUGCAAUUUGCAUCAACAGUUGAGCCAAAAAAUGUGAGGAUACAACAAAGGUUAUCAUGGGCUAAUCAUCAGCAAGAAGCAGGCCUGCCCACCAUUCCUUCAACCAUUGAGGAGGAGAUGGAGACAAACCCUUUCAUGCGAGUUGAUCUACCUGAACUUCAGGAGAGCGUUGGUUGCAAGUCUCCUGUCGAAGCACUGCGGGAGAUAAGGCGGAGGAAGGACAAUUGGCGGGGCUAAUCAAGGAUUUGGGUUAAUGCUUUUAAGAAAGGGGAAAAGGAACAAAGAAUAAGAAAUGUGUGUGUGUUUAAGUGACGCUGUUGCCUGUGUGCAUCUGUAGUUGUGUCAAACUAAUGUUGCAUUCAGUUAAUGUUGAUACUCGUUUGAAGUACAUGUUUGCAGUAUAAUAAUAUGGUUUGCCAUUCCCUCUUCAGUAUUAUGAGUUUAUGACACAUUAAUUGUGUGAUUGUAGGAUAUCAUCAUUGUCAACACGGGAUGAGAAACUGAUGUUGGAAUUAAUGAGUUUAGUUGACCUAUGCAGGGUAAAUCGUGCAUGUGGAUUGCAGGUUACAGAGUCAAUAAUUAUCACUGUAUAAAUAAAGACUAUAGAGGAACAUGGCCAAAAACAAAACCCCCAAAAAAAAAAAAAAUUGCAGGAAAAAUCUACCAUGUCGGAUAUAAACCGCACAGCGUAGGAGAUAAAGAUGUUAGGUGAAUGGGAGAGAAGUUAAGGCAUCUAGCUUGUUGCAGGACUGGAGGAGUAGCAGUCGAGUGCAGCCUUGACCAGUUAAAGUCAUACAUUUGAGUGCAUCUGCCGCGGCACCAUCUGCAGGGAUUGAUGCCUUUGAAAAGUAGGUUUAU